CCCACCCGACUCCCCCAGUGCUUCCCCCGGGCUGCAGCGGGGGGCACGGUGCCGGACGUGCCCGUGCCAGCAGUCAUGGGGUUAACGGGAGGCAGCGAGCGAGGGAGACAGAGACGGAGAGAGAGAAAGAGGGGCUGGACCAGUGCUCGGCAGCUGUUUAUUUCAAGGCAUCUCUCGCUCCCUCUCCCUCAGCCAGGGCUCAGCCUCAUCAAACCUUCCUCCUCCUCUUCCUCCUCCUCUUCUUCCUUCGUCCUGGCCAUGAGAGGCACGGGUAGCAGCAGCUGUGCUCCUCCAGCCCCCUGCUUCGCCGCCCCGGCUGUGCCCCACUCGUCUCCCAGCAAGUGAAGAUGAGACAGGAUCCUCAGUGAGCAAAGACACUGCUGCAUCUGAGAUGGAGCCCAGUGCCUGCAGGAUGCCUCCACUCCUCUCCUACAUCCACUCUCUGCAACUUUGGCAUCUCCUCCUCCUGGUCUCAGCCGUCCCUGCUCCUGGCGUCUGGUCUCUUCGCUCUCGGGGCCCGGCGGCUGCUCGACCUCUCUGCACCCGUCGGAGCUCUUCAGCCCCGCGUCCUAUUUGCAUCUGGGACAGGACCUCAUUGCCGGAGAGAGAUUCUCGCUUUGCCGUGCCCCGCCAGCGGGCCCCGGCACAGCAGGCAGGAGAGCUGCGGCACGUCAUGAGGCUGCGGCGCCAGGCGCCGGGGGCUCGCCCCGCCACCCCCUCCGGCUUUGAGGACGGAAUGCCUUCCUCCCAGUACCCCUGGGCCAUUGUUUGGGGCCCCACAGUGUCAGACGAGGACGGAGGAGACACCAACUCGGCCAACCCAGGCUUCCCGCCGCUGGGAUACACCUUCGUGUCGCCACACGGGAUGGCAACGGCGCAGCCCAACUCGCACUCGCUCCUGCACAAUGCGGGGCUCAACCUUCGAGAGACGCCGGCCACCCUGCGGCCCUUCUUGUUCGGGCCCCGGGGGGAAGGUGUGGACCCCCAGCUGUACAUCACCAUCACCAUCUCCAUCAUCAUUGUUCUGGUCGCCACUGGGAUCAUAUUCAAGUUCUGCUGGGACCGUAAUCAGAAACGCCGGCGGCACUCCGGGCAGCAGGGCAGUGGCAGGCAGCAGGAAAGCCAGCAGCCCCUCACGGACCUCUCCCCCACCACCAUCAGCAUCCUGGGGCCCUACAGCGACUCACUGGCCCCCACACCCAAGGCAGAGGAGUCCAGGCAGGGCCAGGAGGGUGUGGAGAAACUGGGGGACCACAGGAAAAGCACAGCCUUCCAGCUCAACCGAAUCCCACUGGUGAACCUGUGACACUCACAGGAGAAGCAGAGCUGGCUCCAUUCACCCUCCUGUCACAGCCAGCGAGCACAGGCUCCCGCUGCCCCUGCUGCCCCAGGAACAAACCACCUCCCUGUGCCACAGCUGCCCACCACCAUGAUUAACCAACGCCACCAGGAUGUGCCUGGGCAAAUGGACAAGCUGGGCCUCCUUAGCUUCCUGCUGGGGGAAGGUUGGGGGACCUCCCCCAAUCCACACAGGACAGGGUGAUGAGAGAGCAGAAUGGUGGGAGGGAAGGCAGCUGGUGGUGGUGGUGUGAAAUCUUGUCCUGCCCAGCUCCUCUCCUAGCACACACAGACACAUACAUGGAUCUCUGUGACUCUCCCACCAGUGCAUGCCUGACGCUGGGGGUAGGCGAGGUGGAAAGGCGUACUCCUGUCCCUGUGGGCCCUCACCCCUCUGUGUGCCCCUUCCCAUCUCGUGUGCUUUGAAGUGAACGCCUGGAGUUCAGUGGCUGCAGGAUUACCUGCCAGGGCUCAGUCUCCCCUGAGCUGGGACUCAGGUGGUUGCAGGUUCUUCUGGUCCUGAGGCCUUGACCCCUCCCGAGGGGAGGUGAAGCUUGGGCAGAAGAGGCUCGCUCAGCACCUGGCUCCUGUCAGUAGCCCAUCUGCUUUAAAGAAACAUCACCUCCCCCUCCAGAUGGAAGAUAUUCACAUCUUGCCAUUUUCUUGCUGCCUAAUACUCUGUUUUCACUCUUCAGUUUGCAUCUUUCUUCAUCCCCUUGUCCCCAUUUUUUUCUCUCAGUUCCUCCCACCACCCCUUCUCUCGCCAGUUAAGUUGGAAAGGUUCCUUUGGCUUUCCUAAUGUUUUGAUCUCUUGGAAGCCUCCUUGCUGUCCCCCUCCACCUCCUUGCUGUCCCCUUCCACCUCCCCAGUCUCCUACAGCAAAGCUUUUCUGAAGAGCACCAGUGUAUGGUGAUGUUCUUCAGAAAAUCUGAGGUGAAGCUCUCUGCCUAUCAUGUUGUUUAGCUCUUGUGCCUCAGGACACUGCCGGAGCAGCUAAAGCACGGCGUGCAGAUACAGCUGAGGAACUUGGGAUUUGCUGGGCCCAGCUGGAGAAUUGCUUCCAGGCACUCAUGCCACAGGCAACAAGCAGCAGACUUGACUCUCUGGGAAUGACAAAGAGCAAUUUAGACUUGACCUUGAGAACAUUUGUAGGAUUGCCCUCUGCUGCUGCUGGGUGUCUCCUGGAAUGCAAGGUGACUGGAAGCACACGAGGCAGCAUUCACCAAGGGCACGAGAAAGGGGAUAGCUGGGAUGUUCACCUCCAAAACUGUGUUGCCCCAGCUGGUUAGGGACCAAAACCAAUGGCACAGGUGUCAGUGCAAAGCAGUUGCCUGAGCACGUGUUUUGGC